AUGUGGUCUUCCCUACUUGAACUGUUAAAACCUAUACUUCCCAAAAAUUAUUCUUACUUAGUUAAAAGGUUUAAUGUAUUGCUAUCAUUUAAAACUGCUGAAAAUUUUACAAUUCCACAAUAUGGAUUAGAUGCAUUUGUGAAUAUAAGCACUAAAAAAAAUGCAUCUGAAAUGUUUAUAGCAUUUGAAUCAUGGUUAAAAACCACAAUGCCUAAAAUUAAAUUAAAAGAAG